UAUAUAAUACAUUAUUAUACAAACAAUAACCUGUGUGUGCUGAUCGCUUCUUUUGGAACACAUGUGUUUUCCAGGAUAUAUGUUUUCCACGAAAUAUAUUCGCAUAUGAGGAAAAAAAGCAAGAGUGUCGAAGAAGAUCAAAAAUUGAUCAGUGAAACGUGGUAGGAGAAAAAGGUUAAAUACUUUUGGUCGUUUUUAUAUUUCAGUGCAAAAGUGAGCAUCGUUCAAUUAACACCUACUACUGUCCUAAGGAAUAGAAAAAAUCUCUACUACGAAUGUUCAUAACUUUACUGUAAGCCCGUUUAUUUUAAUUCUGCAAUAUGGAAAAUAAUUCUGAAAAUCGAUUUAGAAAAGCAAAUAUGAUAGACGUACUGCCAGAAAGAGGUGAACAAGAAAUAGCCCUAUCGGAAAGUUCUUUGAGAGUUGCUACGAAAACUAAAUAUGCACGUGUAUAUAUUCAACCCAUCGAGAAUAAUGACGAACUUACACCCAUUCAAAAAUUUUACAGUGGUCAAAGUAUUUUUAUAACUGGUGGAACAGGAUUCAUUGGAAAGUUAUUGAUCGAGAAAUUGUUAAGAGAAUGUCCCGGUAUCACUUGCAUUUAUCUUUUGAUACGUACAAAAAAAGGAAAAAGUGUGCAUCAACGCAUGGAAGAAUUAAUCGAAAAUUCUUUAUUUUCCACUUUGAGAGAGAAACAACCAACAUUCCAGAAUCGUAUAGUCCCAAUCAAGGGCGAUUGUACCUUGCAGAAUCUCGAUAUCUCAAUGGCCGAUAGAGCUACGUGAGGUCUCAAUUAUUUUUCAUGUCGCCGCAACCCUUAAGUUCAACGAGAGAAUAAAAUUGGCGACAGAAAUCAACGUUCGAAUUGUAAAGGAUAUAAUAAAUUUGUUCAAAGAAAUGUCAAAAACUGAAGAGUGCUGUGCAGGUAUCAGCGGUUUAUUCCAAUUGUUUUCAUAUUACACUUGAGGAGAAAUUUUAUGAUCCACCGAUAGAUUCCGAUAAGUUGAUAAAUUUGGUGAACAAUAUAAAUGAAAAAUUGCUCGACGAUAUUACCCCACAAUUACUCGGAAUAUGGCCAAAUACUUAUGUUUAUAAGAAAACAGCCGCAGAGAAUUUUAUAAAAAAGCAUGCUGACUCUAUACCGAUUGGAAUAUUUUGUCCAGGAAUUGUGAUAUCCACUUAUCGAGA